AUGGGAUCGAUCUCAAAAGCGCCGUACAUGCAGCACCUGCCAGCUUGGGCGUACAAGAUGUCCAAAGCGGCCGUAAACAUGCUGACGGUGGACUACUCGCUUCAGCUGAAUGAUGAGGGUUUUACUGUCUUCCCGCUGUCUCCUGGCUGGUUGAAGACAGAUCUCGGAUCUCAGCACGCUCACUUGGAGGUCGAUGUCGGCGUCAAGGCAACACUAGAAAUCAUUUUGGACGCUGGGCCGGAGAGCAAUGGGAGGUUCCGAGAUAUCAAGGUUCCUGGUUGGGAGCAAAUGUACCCCGGGAAGGAUUCGGCAUGGUAA